CACUUCCGGUUUGAACCGACCCUCUGAUUCGCUACUGUCCUCUGAUCAGCAACAAAAACAAGCAGGGCGACAUGGAGAGCUCUCGGUGUCGGAAAGAAGAAUGGCCAUUCUGUGACUGGUAAUGUUCCAUGUGACCCAUUUUCCAACAACUGGAGGCAGAAAUAUAACGUUGCAGUUGUGGAGGUGGACAGCACUACAACCUUCAAGUGUAAAGUAACUAAGUUCACCUACUUGCCUUUAACCCUUUAAUAAAGCUUGAGCAAAGGUCAAGAGAUGGACAUGGGGGAUGAAAUGGGACGCACUCUGGUUCAGGUCAUCAGUAAGAAGUACAACCCGGACGACUUCCCAUACAGCCGUGGGCCUGGAGCCGGGGUGGUGAUCCGCACCAGUCCUCAGAGUUCUCCUGUCAAAGGUCGUCUUAAUCUCCCCAGUGUGCUGGUUCUGGAUAGCGCUGGAAUAAGUCACGCCGGAGAUGAGGAGGAAGUGGCAACAUUUUGCGCUCAUGUGGUGGAGCUGGACUUGUCUCACAACCAGUUCAGAGACUGGGGAGAGAUCAGCAAGAUUCUGUCAAACAUCCCUAAUUUGGACUUUCUCAAUCUGAGCAUGAAUCCUCUGAAGGGCUCCAUCCUGAAUCGUGGCUGUGCUGAAGCCUUCUCAGGCCUCCGCCGCCUCGUCCUUAACAGCACACAUGUCUCCUGGGACGUGGUGCACACAGUCACGCAAGAAAUACCUGAACUGGAGGAGCUCUUCCUGUGCCUGAAUGAGUACGAGUGUGUGAACUUGUCACGCGUACCCUGCCUAUCGCUGCGCCUGCUGCACAUCACUGAUAAUCUUCUGCAGGACUGGGGUGAGGUGCGCAAGCUGGGCCUCCUAUAUCCUCGUUUGACUUCGCUCAUCCUCGCUAAUAACUCUCUCUCCUCCAUCCAUGAGCCUAAGGAGUCACUGCAGUACCUAUUCCCUAACCUGCACAGUAUCAACCUGCACAACUCAGGUCUGAAUUGCUGGGAAGACAUUGAGAAGCUCAAUUUCUUCCCAAAGCUUCGGGAGGUUCGUCUAAUGGGCAUCCCCUUACUGCAGCCUUACACUGACCAGGAGAGACGAUACCUUACAAUAGCCCAUUUGCCUGCUGUGACAGUUCUGAAUGGAAGUGUGGUGACAGACAGUGAAAGAGAGGAUGCUGAACGCUUCUACAUCCGCUAUCACCUGGACUAUCCUGAGGAUGAGUUACCACAGAGGUUUCACAAUCUUGUGGCCCGUUAUGGGCGUCUAGCACGACUGGCAGACAUCGAUUUGCGUCCACUAAGCUGUGUCCAGGUUGAGCUGCACUUUGGGGACGACAUCGAGCAGCUGGAGCUCCGGCUGGAUCAGACUGUGGCUGAUCUCAAGAAGCAGCUCAGGCCUGUGGUGCAGCUGCCAGCUAACAAGAUGCGCGUCUACUACAUUGACAGACAGCUGGGUUAUGCACUAGCACCUCAAGAGCUCAAGUACGGAGCCCGAGCCCUCCAUUCCUACAGCAUACGGGAUGGAGAUGAGAUCCUGGUAGUGCCAAAGUGUCAGUAAAUAAAGCGAUCUGAUCACACAGACAGUGGUUAAUAAAAGGGACCAGUUGAUAUGGUAAAAGCAAACAAAAAUCUGCCAGUAAAUCUAGUGUAAACAAUGAGUUCCAAAUUUAUUUAUGAGUCAUUGUAGCACUCUGUCUUUUGGGAGGUCAGAGAGAUAAGAGCAGUGUCCCCUACAAGCUGACCAUUUACGCUGUUAAAUUUGCGAGCAGGAGAAAUAAUUAUUUCCAAAAAGACUGUGAAUUGAAAUAUAGCUACUCCUUUGUAUGACUGGUCAGUGGUGGGGUUUUUUUUGUUUUGUUUUUAAGAGAUUUCACACCAAGAUUUUAAAGAUUUUAACUCAUCACAUUGAUUGCUUCUUGCAUAACACAUACAAUUUGCAUAUUUGCUGAGACUGCUUCUCAGAAACCUCAAAUCCUGUUUAUUUCUAAAUAGCAUUUUACCACUUAUGGAUCUCACACAUAUGCAGUGCCGUGAAAAAAUUUUAAAUGAACUUGUAUUUUUCUGCAUAUUUGAAUACACUUAAAUUAUUCAGAUCAUCAAAUAAAUUUUUAUAUUACACAAAGAUAACCAAAGUAAAUACAAAAUGCACUUUUUAAGCGCUCCUGGGUGAGUCAUCGUUGUGCUCUUGGAGUAAUUUUGGUAGGCUGGCCACUCCUGAAAAAGUUUACCAUUGUUCCAAGUUUUCUUUAUUUGUUAAUAAUGGCCCUCACUCUGCUUCGCUGGAGUCCCAAAGCCUUAUAAAUGGCUUGCUAACUCUUUCCAUAUCGCUACAUGUAAUUUACUUUGUUUCUCAUCUGUUGUUGAACUUCUUUGGAUCGUACUGCUUUUUUUGAGCUUGCACCACAAAAGUGUCAGUGAUUUCUUGAUUCAACAGCAGUAAUGAGGCCUUAGUGUGGCAAGUGAAAUUUAACUCGGCUUUCCAAAAAUCACAGUUGAUUCAUGAUUUAGCAGAGGGGGGGAAUGACUUUUUUCACCAGGUACUGUAGGUUUGGAAAGCUUUGUUCCAUCAAAUAAAUAAAAUAAUUGGUUAAAAAGUGCAUUUUGUAUGUACUCUGGUUAUCUUUGUAUAAUAUUAAAAUUUGUUUCAUCAUCUGAAUCAUUUAAGCGUGACAAAUAUGCAAAAAAAUCAGAUAAAUACUUUUUCACAGCACUAUACAUAUCUCAGUCUAUACAGGGUGGCCAAAACACCACUCUAAAAAGUCACCUUAUAUAACAUUCACCAACCUCUCAUUCCAUUUUAAAAUUCAAAUCCAGCUAAUAAAAGCUUACAUAGUGGUCUGGCCUCAGUUUCCCCUUACUUUUCAUACUAAUAGGACGUCAUGCCACAGUGCUGGUUAGAGAAGAAAAUGUUGCCUUAGCCCUUUCUAGCACUUUAUGAUGAAUGAACCUGGACUGACCUAGUCGACAGUGUGUUUAUUUUUGACUCCUGUCCCAAUCCCGGCUGUGGUAACGCCGACUCAGUCACACAGCCAGGACAGCUUUCUCCCUGCUUAGAUUACAAUAGAGUCACCUACCACAUUGAAACAUUUCUGGGUUCAUGUGUCACUUCACAUGCACUUCACAUCCUCACAUGUGAAGUGUUCCACCCCGUUGCAAUCAUUAAGUCGUCUUAAUAGGCAUCUAUUAAGACGACUUAAUGAUUGCAACGGGGUGGAACUCUUCACAUCGCCUGAGAAUCUAAUUAUUUAAUAUUCAUUUGCCUGAGCAAUCUUCCUUUUAUUCUAUUAAUGCAGAUAUGCCUUUAAGGCUUUUUAGCGAUUCUUUGUCCUCUUGGUCAGUUUCUUGUCUUAUGUUGGCACACUUGAUAUGCCCAGUUUGGGUUUGUCACACACCGAACAAUGGGCCAGCAUGAAUAAAACUGCAGUCAUUUAGCAUGCAAUCUUUCAGCAGUUGUAUUAAAUGUGCUAUUAAGGUAAAUUAUUUAUUAAAGUUUUUAACAUAAUUACAAUAUCUACAGUAUAGUUAAGCUGCAGGCUCAGUAAAUCGCAUAUCAAAAACAGAAGAUGCUUUUUAAUGCUAUGGUAUAGUGUUGUGGAUAUUACAGAGUUUUAAGAACAAACUGAAUAAAAUAGGGAAAAAAAGGAAAUGAACCAAAAAAAAAAAAGCUUUUAAAUGUGUUCAUAUUUUUAAAUAUAUGAUUUUUGUUGUGAUAUAUAAAGAGAAUCCAGGCUUUAUACUAUUUUGUAUGCAUUUGAGCCAAGUUGUGUGAUCAUACUUACAAUCACAUGUAAAAGUUAGUACCCCCUUUAAUUCUAUGUGUUUUUGUUAAGACAUUAAAAAAUAAUACGAAUAACUAUAUAUAUAUAUAUAUAUAUAUAUAUA